UAUUCUUCAUGCUGAACAUGAAAUGAACUGCUCCACAGCUGCUGUUAGGCACCUUGCUUCAAGUGGUGUUGAUGUCUCCACUGCUCUUUCUGGUGGUGUUGGAGUCCUAUAUGGUCCACUACAUGAUGGCGCAAAUGAGUACUUAAAAUGCUAAAUGAGAUUAGAGGUGUGGAGAAUAUUCCGGAUUUCAUUGAAGGAGUAAAGAACAGCUAGUAGGGAAUUACCAGAAAGCUAGGCGAAGCUUUACGACCUGGAGGAGUCAUAGGUUGAGCUAGCUGAUCUUAUCACUCAAGCUAACAAUACUCCACAAAGAUGCAUGAGAGCCAACAUCACCAAAGAUAAUAAUACUCCUAGAAAGCUACUUUAUUUUGCAUUGGCAAAGAUUACUCGAGUCAUUAGAAAAUGAUUUCAAGUCAUACAGGAAUACAAGGAAGAACAAGCGCGUAUCACCAGAGACAACAAUAAGCAUGUGGAGGAAGGCGCCGGCAGUGACGCUGGCUCGUGUCAUAGGAGAUAUCUUGGACCCUUUCUACAGCUCCGUCGAUCUGAUGGUCCUGUUCAAUGGUAUGCCCAUUGUCAGCGGCGUGGAAUUGCGCUCUCCGAUGGUCUCUGAUAGGCCGAGGGUUGAGAUUGGAGGAGAUGAUUACCGAGUUGUAUAUACCUUGGUGAUGGUUGAUCCUGAUGCUCCAAACCCAAGCAAUCCAACCUUGAGGGAGUACCUGCACUGGAUGGUAACUGACUUCCCGGCAUCAACUGACGCGACUUACGGCCGUGAGGUGAUGUGCUACGAGGCCCCUGCCCCGGCGACGGGCAUCCACCGCAUGGUGCUGGUGCUGUUCCGGCAGCUCGGCCGGGAGACGGUGUAUGCGCCGUCGAUGCGCCACAACUUCAACACCCGCGGCUUCGCCCUCCGGUAUAGCCUCGGCGAGCCCGUCGCCGCCAUGUACUUCAACUGCCAGCGCCAGAGCGGCUCCGGCGGCCGGAGGUUCACCUGACCGUACACCGGCGGCCGGCAUGCGGCUUGAACUUGAUCGAUCGAGCUUACUGCGCUAGGUGCAUACAUGCAUGCAUGCAUUGGGUGACAAACAUCUACAGCUAUAUACACAUUUAUAGAAUAUAUAAACGAAUAAAAUUAAGUAGAAUAUAUAUAUGUAUAUUCUAUAUAUGUAUGUAUGUAUGUAUGCAUGUAUGUGUGUGUAUGUAUGCAUAUAUGCCGUUUGUAUGCCAAGUGUGGUAAAGGAAAGGAAAUACGUGUAUCAUGUAUGCAUGCCAUGGCCCAUGGGUGUAUGUAUGCAUAUAUGCCGUUUGUAUGCAAAUGUGAUAAAGGAAAGGAAAUACGUGUAUCAUGUAUGCAUGCCAUGGCCCAUGCCACAAUAGCUGCAUCCAUAUGCAAUUAUGAAA